AUGCAACGGCAAAGCUUUUUAGCUCGACUUCGCCAGCAGCUCUGCAGAACCAAGCUCCCAGGCCAACACCACGAAGACUCUAUUCCCUCUCAUGCGACUGAGACAUCACCGCUACUAAAGUCCGAUUCAUGCCUUGACCAUGAUCAUGGGAUCAUCGUAUGUGUCCGUCGCCGACAGAAUAUCGACCAGCCAGAACAAGGAAUCCUCUCGCUUGACGAUAAUCCCGUUACUUGGCUGCACGAGGCCAGGACCAUUGCAUCUUAUUCGCUCCCUCUCACUGUCACAUUUUUGCUCCAGUACUCAGUCGAUGCCCUGAGUCUCAUCGCCGCGGGAAGGCUCGGGAAGCGUGAGCUGGGAGCGGUAUCUUUGGCCAAUAUGUCAGCUGCAAUUACAUGCUUCGCACCCAUACAAGGCCUAGCAACAAGCUUGGAUACUCUUUGUGCUCAGGCCUACGGCUCCGGGCGAAAGCAUCUCAUCGGCCUCUACUGUCAGCGCAUGGCCCUUUUUCUCUUAUGCCUCUGCAUCCCCAUAUCUAUCCUGUGGCUGUACGCCGAGCCCAUCAUGAAGCACCUGGUGUCAGACGCCGAGUCUGCCCGCCUAGCAAGCUUGUAUCUCGUCGCACUAACAUGCGCAAUUCCGGGCUAUGUCAUUUUUGAGAUUGUGAAGCGAUUUCUCCAAGCGCAGGGGCUCUUUCAGGCGACAACCUACGUUUUACUCGUCGCAGCGCCUUGCCAUGCCAUCGUGGUUUCUGUCUUGAUUCGGAAAUUUGGUUUCAUCGGUGCUCCAAUGGCGGUUGCGGCCACAAGGACGUUGAUAGCUGUCCUUGUCCUCCUCUACGUUAGGUUUAUCAAUGGUUCUGGCUGCUGGGGAGGUUUCAGCCACCGAGCACUCACCAACUGGUGGACCAUGAUUCGGCUGGCGAUUCCAGGGAUGAUCAUGGUAGAAGCAGAAUACCUUGCUUUUGAAGUCAUGAUUAUUGCUUCCAGCCAGUUUGGCACCGACUAUCUCGCCGUCCAGGGCAUCUUGUCGGCAAUCGCGACGAUUUCAUUUCAGGUCCCCUUUUCCAUGUCGAUUGCUGCCUCCACGCGAAUCGCCGGCCUGAUAGGUGCCGGGGCGGUUGGCGCCGGUAAGGUUGCAGCUAAAAUGGCCUUGACCGCAGUUUGCAUUACGGGCUGCCUCAACUUCAUCGUGUACAUCUUAUUUCAAGCCCGACUUCCCUUUAUAUUCACCGACGACCCGGUUGUCGCGAGACUGGCUACGCAACUCUUGCCGAUGCUGGGCCUCACGACAUUUCUGGAAGGUGUAGGAGCGACAGCCCAUGGACUGCUGCGAGGCAUCGGCAGGCAAUCAAUUGGCGGGCCGGCCACUCUUUCAUCGUAUUACUUUGUUGCGCUACCUACCUCUUUGGCAUUGGGUUUUGGACUUGACUGGAAGCUGCAUGGUCUCCUUUGGGGUCUAACGCUUGGACUGGUUGUCGUAUCACUUAUAGAAUACACAUAUCUGUGCAUGGCGAAUUGGAACAAGGCAGCCACGGAAGCGACGGCCAGGAAUGCUGCAGGUUGA